CCUGACUUGCAAGGAGACAAAGCAACAAGCCAGGCCCAUGUUUACACAGACAAGACAUAUGAUCUUUGUUUCCCGUAGGGGGAGCCAAGAAAAGAGCAGGGCACAAAGAGUUUUAGAGGAUUUAUAAGACUUCCUACUGGAGGCAGCAGCAGCAGGAUCCAUACAAAUCUGACGUAAUCCUACGUAACCCUUCACAAUUUCCUCAAAUUUUAUUACCCCUCACUGAAGAAAAAAUGUCAAAGAAAUUUCUCAAAGUAAAAAAUGUUGAAAAAAAAGAUAAGAAUUCCUGAUGACACCUCAGAAGACGAUUCUGAAUCUGGGAGCAACACGUCUUCAAGCUCCAGUCAUAAAAAAGUUCCUGAACAGGAGCUUUCUGCCCAGGAAUCCAAGGAGGAGAGUGUCCCUCAAGUGUCGUCCCCCUGGACUCCCAGGAUAAGCCUUCCAAAGAGCCCGAACCACGUCCCGCACCUCAGCCCGCACCCACAAGAGGCAGAGUCCUUAGUAUUCGUGGCAGAGGACGUGGUCACGGCUGCGCUCGGUCUGGUCGGGCUUAUGAAGGGCAGGGCAGGCCCAUGUGAUCAUGGAUGACACCUUACUGAUCGCAAUGAUCGAGGCUCGUCCUGCUCAUUGGGAUAAGUCCGACCAGAAUCCCGCCAAGCGUGAGCAAUGCCGGGCUCUUUGGAUGGAGAUAUACAGAGCAAUCUAACACCUGGGAGGACCUGUCCACACAUGAGUGAUGGAUUGUCUGUAAAGAUGUUUUACAUUUUUUCAUGAUUUUAUAUGUUUUUUUAUUGUUUUUAUUAAUAAACCUAUUUCUAGGUGAUAGAAUCAAAAAUCACUGGCACUCCAUCAGGGAUCGGCACAUGAGGGACCUAAGGGAGGAGGAACAGAGGCCCAGUGGAUCUGGGGCCUCCCACAAAACACCAUAUGUCCACUGCACACUCCUCGGAUUCCUGCAAAAAUGCCAUGAUAUGCGGAAGUAUGUCAUGUCUUUUUAUUCUCCCUUUGUAAAUUUAAAUAUUUUGGAAAAACAAAACUAAUAAUUUUUUUUAAUCUUUCUCUUUCAUAACACAAUCCAGUGUCAACAUGGCUCCAUUGCCACCACCAGGACCCCCCUCCAAACCCCUCCAUAGCCCAUCCCCUGACACUGCUGAUCAGGGGCAAGAAGAUUCUCCCCUACCAGCUUCCUCAUUGUUCCGACCAAAUCGCCAGAGGAUUGAAGUAUCCUUAGGAGAUUUGGUCCGGCCGUUGGGGACUGGUAGGAGACAGCAAGGGACCCUGGAAGAUCUCAUAAAGCUCACAAAGGAGAGCUUUAUGAGAUUGGAUGAUAGAGUGGAAGCCUUAAGGGAGGAGUUUUGCUGGUCACGGCAGGCGGGGGCAGGGCCGUCAACUGGUCCCCCUUCGGACGUUCUACUCCAUCUCCAGAGCUUGGCUCCCUUUGUGGAGAAAUUGCCCUUUGAGAAGCAGUUUCAGUUCCGCAAGGAGUCAACAGACCUUGUGCUUAGACUCUGCUGUCCCACUCCAGACACUCCCUCCCCCCCUCACAACUCCACCAAACCUGCCGACCCCCCCCCCCCUUAUCACUCCCCGUAUUUACACAUAUUCCCUACCCCAAGUUCACCAGGUCGUCACCGUUCACCAUCCCUUCACCGUUCACCAGCCCGUCACCGUACCACAACCAGCCAACGUUCCCGCUCCCGCCAUUGUUCCCCAGCCCGUCACCGCUCCCCAGCACACCACCGCUCCAGCCACCGCUCCCGGUCCCACACCCUGCCCCACUCCCUGGGAACUCCACAGCAUUUUGGCCCUACAUCCACACCCUCCAAUAGUAUGGUCCAAAUGCUGUCCCAGGGAGAACCCUCUUCAUUUUCAACCCCAUCCUUCACACCUCUUCCCAAUUUUCCUCUGCCACCCAAUAUUCCCACCCCUGUCACUCCUUUUCAACAAUAUUCCUUUACCCAUCCAAAUUCCGUGGAAACGCCCAGAGUCUACCCAUAAGGUAGAGUUGACUCCUUGUGGCCCCCGGAGGACCCCAGUUCCCAUGACCCUUCCCAAGUCCCUUCCCAGCCCUCUUUCACAGACCUAUGAUGUGACCUCCCUGUGACCUCCCUACAUACUUAUGGCAAGCCUGUGGGGAUAUUGUUGUUUUGGCACUAAAGCCAUGUCUUAAAAAAAAGCCAUGUUUUAGUUAAAUUAUUUUUAUUUAAAAA